AUAGUCAAGGAUCGCCAUUUGGUAAGUUUCAUUUUCAAUUGGUUUAUUUUAAUAUAUUCUGACUAUCAAUCGAAUUAGAAAGUGAUAUUAACGAAAAUAACACCUGUCAUUUGUUUCCGUCUAGGCGAAAUGAUUCCCUUACGAUCCAUUCUAACGGUUCUGCCAUUUAUCGUGGCAAGCUGUUUAGCCUGGCAAGUAAGCCUAGAUCAUCAUCACAAUUAUGAAGAAGUGAUGAGUGUUCUGAGGAAAAUUCAUUUGAAAUGUCCAAAGAUUACCCACCAAUAUAACCUCACAGGAGAAACAGUUGAGGGACGAAAGCUAGGAGUACUAGUAAUAUCUGAUAAUCCCAAAGAGCACGAGAUGGAAGAGCCAGAAUUUAAAUAUAUCGGAAAUAUGCAUGGUAAUGAAGUGACUGGAAGAGAAAUCCUCCUUAAAUGGCUUGAUGAGUUAUGCGAGAGAUAUAACAAAGGAGAUACCGAAGUUGUUCAAUUAAUCAAUUCCACCAGAAUUCAUGUUAUGCCCACAAUGAAUCCCGAUGGAUGGGAAAUUGCCAAUAGACAAAAGGGUGUUAAAUCAUGGACAACUGGCAGGCAAAAUGCUAAUAAUAUCGAUCUUAAUAGAAACUUUCCAGAUCUGGAUAAGAAAUAUUUCAAUUACCAAAAACACGGUGUAAAGUGGAAUAAUCACUUGCUUGAAAGAGCCGAUAUGAUAAAGGGAUUACAGCCUGAAACUAAAAUGGUAAUUCAAUGGAUUUUAAACAAUCCAUUUGUUCUAUCGGCAAACUUUCACAACGGUGACUUUGUUGCCAAUUAUCCUUUUGAUGAAUCUCGCUCAGGCCGUGGUCAAGGAGAAUAUACACCAUCACCCGACGAUAUUCUAUUCCGUGAUCUUGCUUUAACUUAUGCUGGGAACCACAAGGUUAUGGCUAGCAAACAUGAACCAUGCAUGGCUGGUGAUAACGAUUUCUACAAAAGCGGAGGAAUCACCAAUGGAGCUGAAUGGUACAGUUUACACGGAGGAAUGCAGGAUUUCAAUUAUUUGGCUUCUAAUUGCCUUGAACUAACUCUGGAGAUUGGAUGCGAAAAAUUCCCUCCUGCAAGCAAGCUACCUAAAGUUUGGGACGAUAACAGAAAAUCCAUGUAUGAGUAUUUGAAGAAAGUGCAUUCGGGCAUUAAGGGAAGAGUUUUCGAUAAAGUAUCGGGAUUGCCCAUUGAAGAUGCAGCCAUCAAAGUAACAGAUUUGGAUACUGAUUACUACAUUGCACAUGACAUAUUAACUAACAAAGAUGGUGAGUACUGGCGUCUUCUUGUCAACGGAACAUAUUCUGUGACGGCAGUAGCGAGAGGGUAUGAAUCUGAAGAAGUAACCGUUAAAAUUAAUAAUGAUGGAAUAUCAGCCAAGAAAGUCUAUUUCAAAUUACAACCAGCAGCAGAACUUGACAAAGUAGAGGAAGUUGAUGAAAACAACGCAGAAUUGCAAAGGCUUUUUCAACUUUUGGAAAGAGAAUAUCAAAAUUCCUCCUAA